GUGCGGUGUGUGGCUUUGGGACGCAUGGCCAGCGCAGCGGUGCAGUGGCGGCCUGCGCUCAGCGAGUCACGUGAUGUCGUGCUCGCUCCGCAAGGCGCGUUUGGCCGUCGAGGUGAGGUUCGCGUCAACGGCUCCACCGGCGCGCCAACCACGGCCGUCCCAGCAUGUCCACUGGCCGCGGGCCACAUCUCAGACCGCCCAACCUGAGGCGGCAUGGUGAAGCCACGAGCUGCGCGCAAGCAGCCAGUCGUGCUCUCGUCCGACGCUGAGGACAGCCCCCCGCCGGCCCCCAAGAGACCCAGGAGGGGCCCGCUAGCCAGUUCGUCCGCCGAGGUGCAUGGCAGCAGCAAUGCGAGGACGACUCGCGUGCAGACGAGACGUGCAGGGUCGCCGGCGCCGUCGUCGACUGUGGCGACCCAGAAGUCGCCCACUAAGCCGCCCGGGCAGCUGAAGACGCUUCAUAAGCCCAUCACUUCCUUCUUCCGCCCGGGACCUGUUCCCCGUCCGCAGGCUGUGCAGUCCACACCGACCCCCAGCCCUGAGAAGCGCGCCUCACCGCCGGACGACUUCGACGACAUCCUCGAAUCCUCCGAGGAUGAUCGCCGCUCCCAGCCACCCACCGCCCUGCCCGUGCGCAAGCGCAAGAGCGUGACGCCUCUCGCUGCCGAUGCUGGCAGCGGCCCCAAGCCCAGCCAGAAGUUCCUUCGCACAGCAACCGGCGCUCGCAGCACGCCCCCGCCACCCCAGCCGCCUCGCAGAGAGCCCGUAGACGGGCGGCCAUGGACCGAGAAAUACGGCCCGCAGUCGCUCGAGGAGCUGGCAGUCCACAAGAAGAAGGUGUCGGACGUGCGCGCGUGGCUCGAAGAUGUCUACGGAGGCAGACUGCGGAAACGGCUGCUCCUUCUGAAGGGUCCUGCGGGCAGCGGCAAGACCACUACCAUGGCACUGCUCGCGCGAGAGCUGGGCAUCCACAUGCACGAGUGGAGGAAUCCCACCAGCUCCUUGACCGCGUCCGAGGGCCUGGUCUCUGCGACUGCCCAGUUCGAGGAUUUUGUCGAGAGGGCAGGCGCAUUCGGCUGCCUCACCUUCGAUGGGCCACAGCAAACCCCAACACAGGCUGUGCACAGCACCGACAGUAGGCAAAAGCAGCUCGUCCUUGUAGAGGAGUUUCCCAAUACAUUCGCACGUGCUUCUGCCGCCGUGCAAUCAUUUCGAUCAUCUGUUCUCAACUAUCUUGCUGCCACCACUCCCUCAGCUACUACUUUCUUUGCUAAGCAGCCUGGACUCGGGCAGUCUGUGACGCCAAUUGUUAUGAUCAUCUCCGAGACACUGCUCUCUACGACUACGGCCGCUGCCGACAGCUUUACUGCCCACCGUCUGCUCGGCCCUGAGAUUCUGACCCACCCCGGGGUGUCAGUGAUCGAAUUCAACCCGGUCGCCCUUACAUUCAUGACAAAGGCGCUGGAUCUCACAGUGAUCAAGGAGGCGCGCAAAUCAGGGCGUAGGAACACCGUUGGGCCCCAGGUCAUACAACAGCUGGCCGAGCUUGGAGACAUUCGCAGUGCCGUAUCAUCGCUUGAGUUUCUCUGCUUGCGGGGAGAUGACUCGGAGGGUUGGGGCGCGAAGGUCAACUUUUCGAAAAAGAAGGGGCCCAAGGAUGUACCGAUUACAAAAAUGGAGAGAGAAUCGCUCGAAUUAGUGACACGGCGAGAAAGCACUUUAGGAAUCUUCCACGCUGUCGGGAAGGUUGUUCACAACAAACGUCUUCCUGAAGAUCCGACACAUCCUGUGCCUCAACCACCACAUUCGUUCCCCGAGCGACGCCGACCGAAGGCUUCGGAGGUCAACCUCGACACGCUCAUCGACGAGCUCGGCACCGAUACCCAUACUUUUACUGCUGCUUUGCACGAAAACUAUGUCCUCUCAUGCGGGGGAGCCGACAGCGAAGAAACCAUGGAGUCGGUGGACGGUUGUAUCGAAGCUUUAUCCGACGCUGACCUGCUGUCCCCGGACCGAUUUGGCGCUGGCUCAGGUCGACGAAACCUGCAAGGCUCAAGUACAGACCAUCUCCGCCAAGACGAGAUGUGUUUCCAGACCAGCGUGCGCGGCCUCCUAUACAACCUCCCGCAUCCCGUGAAACGAAUGGCACCACCCCCCGGCGUCAUGGGCAUCAAGGCCAAAGGACAAGGCGCCAGCACCGCACCCCCAAAGAGCGGCAGCGCCUUCGUCAUGUACUACCCCGCCUCGCUCCGCAUCUGGAAACAGCAAGAAGAAACAACCAGCCUCCUCGAGCUGUGGACCGCGCGCGGCCAGCGCGGCGACCUCUUCUCCACACUCCCCAACCAAGCGAAGUCCUUCCUCCCCAGCGGCGGCGUGGAAUCAUGGACCCGCAACGACCCCGCGUCGAAACCGCCCCAGUCCCACGCCACUGGCGACCCGCCCCCGACCCUUCUCGGCAGCGGCGCCUCCGCACGCUCCGAAAUGCUCCUCGAGCGCCUUCCCUACCUGGCCGCUAUCCUGCGCCGCACGCGGCCAGCGCCCACGACCGCCGCCACGCUCCGCGAGAUCCAGAAACUCACUUCAUUCCAUGGCGCGGGCAAAGCGGGCGCAGAGGACGACGGCGAGGAGAUGCUGGAGCAGCAGGGCGGGGAGGAGCAGUGGGCUACCGACAAGAACGUGCCGGGCACGCCGCGGAGGAAGAAGGGCGUGAGAUUCGUUGCGAGUAAGAGCGAGGAGGCCGAGUCUGCGAUUGCGGGGCUGGCGGCGAAGGGGGCGAGUCUGGUGCUUGAGGAUGACGAUAUCGAGGACUGAAUAAGUCGAGCGGAGGGGCUUCUUAUACAGAUAGAUUCAUCGUGUUGGAGACAUCACGAGCACUGCAUAUAGUCAGAUGUAUGUUGUAAGCAACGAUACAGACACGGACCCCAAACAAAUGCAUAAGUAGUCAUAAUUGA